UUGGGCCCGGUCCAACCGCAACACCGACCCGCGAAAACGCCGCCUGGUUCGCACGCACACGCUCGUCGCGCCGGCGCGCCUCCGCCGCGCUGCGACCUACUGGCGGCGGCUGCUCCGCCCGCCGCCCUCGGCCACGCGCCACCGAUGUGGAAGCGCCUCCUGGAGACGACCAAGAAGGUGUCCGCCGCCGCGCCCGAGCUCGCAACCCGGAAGCGCCCCUCCACCAGCCGCAGCCCCGCGGUCUCCCCGGCCACCGCGGUCUCCCGCGCCUCCCUCCUCCGCCUCAAGCAGGCCGCCGCCUCCAAGAAGACCACCUUGCCCUCCUCCCUCCCCCACGCGCUCGCCAACGACGGGGAGGAGGAGGACAACUCCCGUGACUUCACCAAGGAGAUCCUAUCCAUAUUGAACGGUCCUGAUGAUGCGGAAGAGUCCGGUGCCACGGAGGCGCUGCCGGAGGAGUCCGAAGACGACGUGGACGCCAUUGGCAACAAGAUACUGGAUAUGGAGUGGUUUGCAGGGUCGCAGCCGAGUAGCGCAAUGAUGCACUUGCGGAAGGAGGUGGUGAGGGAGAAGAAGAAGCGCUACAUCUUCAAGAACACGGAGAGCCACCGCUUCACGAGGCUGAUGCGGAUGUGCGCCGACAAGCUUGGCACCGAGUCUGCGCUCGAGUUCUUCGGGAGGCUGGGGAGGGAUACCGGUCCCAAGGAGUUCAAUGCAUUGAUUAGGGUUUGCUUGGAAAAGGCAAGGGCCUGCGGGGACGUUGACUCAGCAGUGGAACAUAUUUUUCGGGCAUAUCGGCUUUUUGAGAUGAUGAAAGAUAGGGGGUUUCAGAUCGAGGAAGACAGUUACGGGCCAUUUCUCUUGUACCUGGUGGAUGUGGAGUUGUUGGAGGAAUUUGAGAUGUUCAGUGCAUUUUUUAGGGAUGCGAAUCCACGGUCCUGCUCCAGGAUACCUUAUUAUGAGAUGUUGCUCUUGAUUCGAGCUCAAGAUGAAGAAAGCAUUCGAGAACUUUGUCGCUCUGUCGAAGACUGCAGUGAGGAAGCUGAUUAUUGCAUAGCAGAAAGCUAUAUGCUGGCCUUUGCUGAAAGCAACAGAAAGAUGGAUUUUGUCACGUUCUUGGAAUUACUUGACCCAACAAAAGUUUUAGGGUCGAAGUACAUAUCCAGUAUAUUCAAGUAUAUGGGUAGGCUCAAACUGGAGAACCAUGCUGAGAAACUUCUUCAGAAGAUGACAUCAAAAGAAUACUCCGAUGUAAAAGUUUCAUCCUUAAUUUUUGACUAUGCUGCAAAUAUACCGAGUAUAGAGGCUGAAGAUGUUAUAUCAGCGUUUAAUAAAUGGCAAGAGAAGUUUAAGGUAGCACCGUCUGUUGGUGCAUAUGACAGGAUCAUCUCUUUUUGCUGCAGUUCAUCGAAGAUCAGCUUAGCUCUUGAUGUGGCUGAGUGCCUUUGUAAAUCCAAUCCCAGUGUGCCGAUUGAAUUGCUCAAUCCAAUAAUAAAUGCCUGUGAGCAAGGCUAUGAGCUUCACAUGGCUCGUCCGUUAUAUAAUUUGAUGAGUCUCUACAAGUUGAAAUUGAAACCCGAAACUUUCAGGAGCAUGAUAAGUCUAUGUGUAAAAAUGAAAGAUUUUGAAGGUGCUUACACUAUACUCACAGAUGCAGAAGAAUCUGGGGAGACGUCCACCGUAAGCCUGUAUAAUGUUAUUAUGGCUGGAUAUUUUAGAGAGAAAAAUCACAAUGGAGCACAAAUGGUCAUGUCGCAAAUGCAGAUUGCUGGAGUAAAACCAGACUCUGAAACAUUCAGUUAUUUGAUCUCAAACUGUGAUUGUGAGGAGAAAAUAUCAAAGUACCUGGAUGAACUAAGGCGAGAUGGACUUCAAAUGACCAAGCAUGCGUAUAUGGCACUAAUUAACGCAUAUUCAAGACUUGGGAAUUUUGACAUGGCCAAACAGGUUGCCCUGGAUAAGGAAAUACCACCUAAGUGCCUCAGUGAAGUAACAAGCGCGCUUGUAGGAGCGCUUGCAUCGAAUGGGAAGGUAUCAGAUGGACUUGAAUUGUUUGACGAAAUCAAGCAAUCCGGAGGCUACCUUGAACCAAAGGCUGCAAUAGCCCUGAUUGAGCAUACUCAAACAGAAGACCAGCUAGAUAGACUGUAUCAACUUCUGGAGGAGGUGAACGAGCCAGGCAUGUGGUUUGAUGGGUGCGGCAGAGUGCUUCAAUACUGUGUUCAGCACAAUCACCUCGAUGCCGCUGUUGAUUUACUUAAGCAACUGAAGGAGACAAAUGAAAUGAGUACAUACAUGAUUGUUGAUCAGGUGUUCUGCCAAAUAUGGGAAAUGGAGCCUGUAAAUUUGGAUGUUGGAAUGGAGCUUCUCCGUGCUGUCAAAGAGCUCGGGCUAAAUGUUUCUCGGACAAGCCUUGAUUUUCUUCUCAGCGCAUGUGUAAAGGCAAAGGAUUCACAACGUGCCCAGCAGAUCUGGGAAGAAUAUGAAUCCUCUGGCCUUCCACACAACGUGUUGACUUCCUUGAGGAUGUACCAGGCUCUUGUUUCGUCUGCCCAGAGGUCGACAUCUAAGAAGUCUGCCGAGUGGUCGGCAGCAAAGAAGUUCUACAAAACAAUACCAAAGGAGGAUCCUCAUGUGUGCUGCAUACUAGAUUCUUGCAAAAUAACAUAUAACAGGAAGCGCGGUAAACGUAAAGCUGCCACUAAGCCCAGUCCAGGAAAACAAGAGGUAUAAGGGAUGCACCACUCUGCCACUUCUGUUACAAUGAAAUACUAGAAUGAAAAUGGAGCCCCAAUUGCUCCCUUCAUUAUCCACUAUCAUUCUUUACUGAUAAAACCGUCUGCCAUUUCUUCUAAUUGUUUGGCUGGUCACUCACGAACCUGGUAGAAACAUGGAUUACAUUUACAUUUAGAGAAACUUCAUGUGACUCGGUUGAAAGGCGAAAUCCGUCUCAAAUUGAAGCCAAACAGACAAAAGACUGGCCACCCACAUAAUAGGCUUUUCUGAGCACGUCCUAUCGUCUGGCACCCAGAAUUACCUGCACCACUUGGAGGAGCUACAGUUUCUAGCCUGAAACUUGGUAUCCUCACUGGGAGCCAUUGCCAAAAGAUCAUGAGACCACUGCCACAUUUUGAGCCGCUUUGCUGUGACCACUUACCACCACUCCUGCACUGUGUGCCCCACUUGUCUUAAUGGCCAACGUGUGACCACAACAAGGGGUUGUUCACAGUGAAACAAUCACCGCCCCCACAGCCUCACCAACCAGAGAAAAAGAUUUGAUGAUCGGUUUGGAUUUGGGGAGUAGGGGGCUGGGUGGAACACGCACAGUUAGGAGUGCAAGGCAGAGAGGUCACUGUGUCAAAUUACCGAUAUCAAGCAACGACAGUGCAUUCCUACGCAUAACAUAAGGUUUAAAAGCAUAAAAGCUGUGGGCAUCACAAUUUGAACUCUGGUUUUCAUUCGCCUUCUUACCUGCUGGCCGGGGCCUCCUGUAGGAUUACAAAGGUUAAUUAUUUGCUGAUUUCAUUCUAUGCAACUGCAAGAGGACACAUGCAUCUGGUUUCAAAAACGUGCAUAGAAGUUUGGAUAAACUCAAAAUCAAAAAGUGGAAGAACACAAACCUUGCAAAUUUCCUUUUUUCUUUUCCUUUCCCCUUUCCUUUCCAUACCUUGUAUGGUUCCUGACGGGAACCUAACAUGGCAAUGUUUAAGAAAAUUGUACGCUGGCCCUAGAGAAAGCAAGAAAGGAAGACCCCCACAUACACCAGAUAAGAUGAAUGGUCCAGACAAAUGCAAUGCUUGUGGUGUUCCAAGCCAUGCUUUAUGUUUGGUACAGGCACGCACUGCCUAUCGAAGAUAUGCAAUGCCCUGGGAGUUUAGAUAUGCUGAAAAUGAGAGGCUGGUUUUAUGUUCCCAACCGGAAACGAUAAUUAAGGAAUCAAGAAGCUCAGAUGCAGGGCGGUUUGUCAUAUACCACCCUAGUCAUACUCGGUCUCCAUAAAUAGGAUUAUUGCUCCUAGUCGUGUUUUAUUUGCACUCUCUUUUCCGCCCCGUUUUUGCAUUCUUAAAGGUUGCCGAACAAUGGAUACAUGCAGAACAAAACAGGUUGUAAUGUUGUUAAGCAGUCCUAUGAGCCCAGUUCUGUAUAAUCUGAAGCUUGGUUAUGAUUUGUAACCAGCUGGUAAUGAAUCUAAGCAAUUCCGCGCUGCUUGCUGGAA